AUGGCUAAAAAAGAUAAAAAUAAAAAGGCUGAACCGGAAGCUGAAGCACCAGAUGCUGAGCUUCAAGAUGAGGUCCUUGUUGCUACAACGAAUUUGGAACCAGAGCCUGUAGAAGUACAAUACACUGACACUUCAUACACUAGUGCUUCAUUUGAAUCUUUGCCACCUAUUAUUGAAGAACCGAAACCAAAAAAGAAGAAAGGAAAGAAGAGAGCUGACGAGGCUGUUGAAGAAGUGGCGAAGAAGACCAGUAGCGAGUUGUUUCAGUGGUCUGAAGAAUCUUUACCAAUAGAAGAGCAAGUGGCUAAAGUUGAAGAAGAACAGGUCGUGGUAAAAAAGAAGAAAGGGAAGAAAGGCAAGAAGUUAAAAGAAGAAAUACCGGCUUUUGAAAAGCCAAAGAAUUGGAAAAAAAUGAAUAAGAAGGAAAGAGAAGCUUGGCUUCUGCAGAGAAUAGAAGAAUGGAGAGCGGAGAAAGAAGCGGAGAAGCAAGCAGUUUUAGCUGGUGCGAAGGAGAAGAGGGCAACCCUGGCUCGAGAACGUGCAGAACUGAUGGCCCGAGAUAACCUCGAACAAGAUAUUAGAAGGGAUAUCUUGGCGAAAACCAUUACCCUAUUUCACAAAUUUGAAACGCAAAAAUUUGAAUUUGGAAGAAAAAAGCAACUGGAGGCAGAAUGGCAGCAGUACUUACGUUGUGAUGGUCUCCCCGACCCUCGUGUGGUGACGCAAAUGAACACGUACAUACAUGUGUGGAAGGACAGUGGCGUCUGUGAUGACAACGAGUUGGAAAGACGUUGCCAAGAAGCUUUACCGAUGCUAGAAAUGCUUGAAGAGUUCGUUGCAAAUUCAAGACAGUAUACAGCGUUACAAAGUAUCAGUUAUAACGAAGUGCGAAUAGCGUUACGUGAACAACUAUCCCACGCAAUCCAAUGCGCUUCCUUCACUCUCCUCCGGGAUUUGGAGAACCGUCUGAAAUGGGAUUCAAUAAAACUGGCGACUUACCAAAGGGAGUUUAAAGGUCUAAGGCUAAAUCUUUGGGUAGCUGUUCCACUACCGACUAGGAAACCUAAGCCUGUGGAGCCUGAAAGGGAACCAGUGGAACUUUCGUUUCCAUCAAUGAAAGUAGCAGUCAAACUACCUAAAACCAUAGACGGAUCCUGCGUCUGCGUACGCGCAGCUCGCUCCAUGAUAGAUUUGCUUAGUGAAAGUUCCAGAAGUUAUGCAUUAGCUGCAGAAAUACCCAACAGAUAUGAAGAUUUAUUUGUAUUUAAUGUAAAAGAACACAUAGAGACGUACAAAUUAAAGAAGGAGCAAGAUGAUAUAAGAAACAAAUUCUACAAAGAGAUCCGCGACAAGAUAAAGGAAGUUGAAGCUUUUUUAAAAGCUAAUCCAUACACUAAGAAUGAGAAGGAGAAAGAAGAACUGGAAAAUCUCAAUAUGGCGGAGCCGCCAUUUUUACCUGAUCCUAGAACAUUUAUUGGGGAACAAAAUGGUGUG